UGAUAUCUACCUUUAUUAACCUCUACCUUCAUCAACCUCUACCUUUGUCGACCUCUACUAUUGUCGACCUUCGUCGACCUUUAUCAACCUCUACCUCCGUCAACCUCUGCCUCCGUUAACCUCUACCUUCGUCGACCUCUACGCACUAACAUGCGCCAUCGUCUAUUGGUUGAUGAUUCGUCCGAGGCGAGCGAGUAUGCGGAGUCUAACGUAGACGACGGUGUGGUGUCGGAUACUAAUCUAACCGACGUUGACACUUGUACCGACGAGGACGACGAGGAUAACAAGCAAUGCGAAGGUAUAGAGGAUGGAGUAUGGCUAUCUUCUGACGAGGACCAUCCGCCUGAGUACUACCUCCAACAGCUGGAUAUAUUCGAUAAUUAAGAGUAUACAAAAGAGGAUUACAAGGACGGCACUACUCGCCUGCUAGAUUGCAUGGAAGAUUAGUGGAAUUAGUAGGUUACUAGUCUCUAUACUCCAGUGUUAACCUGCGUUGGACUUAAGAAUGCAACGCUGAUAUAGCAUAGAUACUGGAUAUACCUUAGAAAAGACAACCUCUGUUCCUAUACAACUGUGUCCGUCCGCAUACUAUACACUUUCUUUAACUGGCUACUUAGUUAGCGCUAAGGGAAGAGAGGGAGGAAACGUUAGGGUACUAAGUAUACCAGCUCCCUUAGGAUAUACUAGAAGGUAUAUCGCCUGGUAUAUAAAAGAGUAACUAGUGGUAAAAUAGAUAGCAAAAUAAACCGGAGCAUGCAUAAGGUGCUAAGAAAACUGGCUAAGAAGUAUAACGUAAAGAAGGUAGGGCGAGAUAAGGCCUGUAUAUAUAUAGAGGAUUAGACUAAAAUACUAUAAAUAAACCUUAUAAUAA